AUGGUCACUGCGGGAGGACUGGUCGAUAUGGCUCUAUAUGGCACCGCUCUCGAGCUACGGGAGUUUCUGCACAUCGUCUCUCCCAUCUUUCUCUUUGCCAUCUUCGUUGCCGCCUUCAUCGCCAGCUCCGUGUUGGCAGCUAAGAACGUUGGUGGGAAUAACCAUGCUAUCCGCACGGGGCCAGGUGGAAGACCGCUCCCUAAACGGUCAAGGAGUGCCGGGAUGGUUCUCAGAUUACCUCCCAAAUACUCCGAAAAUACCUUGUAUCUAUUCAAAUGGUUGUCAGUAGGCGUUCUCUUGACAUUCGCCGCCGACGCCGCUGUCAAUAUCGCCCAUGUCAUCGUCUUCAGAUCCCAGCAUUGGUGGCCUGGCCAAUCUCUCGUGAUUUACAUCGUUGGUUCGUUCUUCGUGUAUAUGGUCAUCCUGGUGUCGUUGGUCGACACGAACCCUUCUCCGACCUUCACCCAAUUCAUCCCGUGGCUGGUCGCCACACCUGUAGAAGUCGCCAUUUCGUGGACGUCCCUAUCCAUCUACACCACUGUCCACCAUGAGCCGAUUGUCGGAGACCCGAGGGGUGGCCAUUUGAGAAAAAGCAUCACUCCUUGGGAAUCCGUCGAAGUGGUCGUCGACUGUAUCAGAGUUCUGCUUCUUACCACCCUGAUUAUACUCUAUGUAUCCAAAUCAAAUACUCUGAAGUCUUCUACUCGAAGGACGGCCCAGCAUCAGUCCAAUGGCGCCACUGAAGAAACAGGGCUACUCGAUCCUUCCCAACAGAGCACUACUAACGGCAAUGGGUACGGUUCGACACAUCCGGAGGCUGCCAAACCACCGCCCGAUCCCUGGGUUCGUCCAACAACGACUCCCUUAACUAGCUGGUGGGAGUAUCUUAGUGGUUAUUCGUUGUUCUUCCCCUACCUCUGGCCGUCCAAGUCGCGCAGACUGCAAGUUGUCGUGGUUAUCUGCUUUCUGCUACUUAUCAUCCAACGCGUCCUGAACAUAUUAGUCCCUUACCAGAUAGGAGUUAUCACCAACAUUCUCUCCCGGGAAGGCGAUGACUUCCGUGUCCCCUGGCUGGAAAUUUGUUUGUACGUUUUCUACAGAUGGCUACAGGGCAGUCAGGGUUUAAUCGGCUCGUUGCGCUCAUCCUUGUGGAUCCCGGUCAGCCAAUACUCAUAUAUGGAACUGUCUACAGCAGCAUUUGAACAUGUUCACGGACUCAGUCUUGAUUUUCAUUUGGGCAAGAAGACAGGAGAGGUGCUCUCCGCUCUGAGUAAAGGCAGUUCGAUCAAUACCUUCCUGGAGCAGGUGACUUUCCAGGUAGUUCCCAUGUUGAUUGAUCUCUGCGUUGCCGUUGGAUAUUUCCUCAUUGCGUUCGAUGCAUACUACGCCCUCGUUGUCAUCAUUGUCAACUUCUUUUACCUUUACGUUACCAUUCGUAUGGCUCAGUGGCGGGCGGAAAUUAGACGGCAGAUGGUCAAUGCGUCGAGACAGGAAGAUGCUGUAAAGAAUGACUCCAUGGUCUCCUAUGAGACAGUCAAGUAUUUCAACGCGGAACAGUAUGAGUUCAAUAGAUACCGGGAUGCAGUGUCGGACUAUCAAAAUGCAGAAUACCACGUUAUUUUCUCCCUGACUUUGAUGAACACCUGCCAGAACACGGUGUUUAUGCUUGGUCUGCUCAUAACUUGCUUCAUCGCCGCGUACCAAGUCUCCAUUGGCCAACGUGAGGUGGGCCAAUUCGUCACCUUGUUAACGUACAUGGCACAGCUUCAAGGACCGCUGAAUUUCUUCGGUACCUUUUAUCGGUCGAUUCAGUCAGCACUGAUCAACGCGGAGAGAUUGUUGGAACUCUUCAGAGAGCGGCCAACUGUUGUCGAUCGUCCAUCUGCCACUCCUCUGCCCGUCUGCAAGGGGCAUAUAUCCUUUAACAACGUUGAAUUUUCAUAUGACACUCGCAAGUCUGCGUUGAAUGGUCUCACGUUCGAGUGUAAACCCGGAACUACAACAGCAUUAGUUGGUGAAUCGGGAGGAGGCAAAUCGACUGUCUUCCGCCUGCUCUUCCGCUUCUACAACGCUGGAAAGGGAUGCAUUCGGAUUGAUGGCCAUGAUGUAGAAGACAUCACAAUCGACUCACUCAGACGUCAUAUUGGUGUUGUGCCACAAGACACCGUGCUCUUUAAUGAGACUUUAAUGUACAAUUUGAAAUAUGCCAACCAGAAUGCGACUGAUGAGGAUGUCUAUGCGGCGUGUCGGGCAGCCAGCAUUCACGACAAGAUCAUGACAUUUCCGGACGGCUACCAGACAAAGGUUGGAGAGCGGGGUCUACGGCUCAGCGGUGGAGAGAAGCAGCGCGUCGCCAUUGCCCGUACGAUUCUGAAAAAUCCUCGAAUCAUUCUGCUCGAUGAAGCUACUGCAGCACUGGACACCGAGACUGAGGAACAUAUCCAAGGCGCAUUGUCUACAUUGUCUAAAGGCCGUACGAUGCUUGUGAUAGCCCAUCGGCUCAGCACGAUCACCACUGCGGAUCAGAUAUUGGUUUUACAUAAUGGCCAGGUCGUCGAGAGUGGCACUCACGACCAACUGCUCGCCUUGCGGGGUCGCUACGCAAGCAUGUGGCGGAAGCAAAUCCGUGCACAGAAGGCAGCCGCUGAGGCACAGGUCCUUCAGGAUCGAGCCGAACGCCUCCGCAGCGCGACACAUGGGGUAGGAGAUGACAGUUCCAGCAGCCAAUCUGAUGAAGAUCGAAAUGGGAACGUUUGUCCCGCAGAAGCCGGUCAUGCGCAUGGUCGCCAUCCAGCUAAGCGGUCUACAUGA